AAGCCUCCAAGUCGCUGGGCAUCUUGAGUGUCCGACCGACUGGCUUCGAGAGAAGCUCGCGUAGUCGCGCAACAAUAGUGCCCAACGCGAGAUCAAUCAUCGGCAGUCUGUGAUAAACACGUGGAGAAGAAAGGUGAAAGAGCCACGAAAAGAUGAGAGCUUCAGUGGUCUUGGGCUAUGCAGUGGCCCUAACUGUGUUACUGGUGCAAAGUAGCGACGCCGCACUAGUUUAUCAGGUUCUGCCACCGCGAGAAGGCUAUGUUCCGGUGUACAUUCGCUACGGUGAAACGCCACUUGACGAGAUUAAUCCCAACUUGGCAGAUGCUUUUCAUGAAUACGGAAUCAGUGCCCGGAAGAUUAAAUCUGGACUGGAUGCCCAAAUGAUGGAAGACCAGCCACAGGAAGAGCACAGCAGCACACCUGAAGAGCCUGCAAAACCGGCCAAAUCCUCUCUGCCACCCGCAGCUGAGGCUGCAAGUGAAGACAGACCACAAUCGCCGGACGCGAAGAGCGACAAAGCUUAGCAGGUGACACUGAGUCGUGAGAUGCAGGGAGGUAAUAAUAAUGAAACGUAGUCUAAAUGUUAGGCAUAGAAUUUCCAUAAUUCAAUCUCAUACACGACAUUCACUUUGCGACUGUAUAAUUUAAUUGGAUACUUUAUUUACAAAAUAAACGAUAAAUCACAGA